AUGCUUUGUACUAUCUGUCUAUCUAUGUUCCUUGACCCUGAAAAAGGCGAACACCAUAAAGACUUCGAAGCCAUUCAAGAGGCCAGUGAGAAUGGAUGUUACAUCUGUCACUAUGUCCUGUACGAUUAUCGAGGUAAGGACAUUGAGGAUGAUUUUCCACUUCAGUAUCUGUGGCACCGGGAUCAGCCCAAGAUCUUCGUUGGUGUUCUUUGGAGCGCAGUUGAUAUAUACUUCGAGCCUGUAGAGGAGUGCCAUGAUAUUGAAGGCUACCGUCAGUGCCUUGAAAAAGUGAAAGCAGACUUGGAAGAGGGGAAUUUCUCUCGUGUUCACGAUAACAAGCUUCGACCGCCCGACGCUUGGAUUGACUGCGCUGCUGACGAUGGUAUGAUGCACCUUGUUCAUGGAGCAAAUCUCGAAAACCCGGAAUAUGCAGCUCUGAGCUAUUGCUGGGGGAAGGACAAGUUUUUUAUGCUGCGAUUAGAUAAUGAGGCUGAUGCCUUGGAUUCCAAAAUCCCUCUCCAUGAACUGCCUCUUCUCUUCCGCCAGUCCAUGGCUCUGUGUCGCAACCUCGGUAUCCAGUAUCUCUGGAUUGACAGUGUCUGCAUUAUUCAGUCUGGAGAUAACCAACGAGAUUGGCUGCUUCACGCACGCGAAAUGUCUACUAUAUAUACAUUCUGCACUAUCAGCAUCUCCGCUGAAUAUGGCCGCAGCCCUCACGACAGUCUCUUCCUUGAUCGGUUUCUACAACCUCCGAUAAUCAUGCCACCUUCCGAUGACUCCUGGGCGGCAGUGCGAGAAGCCUGGGAGAACUCAGGAGACGAGCGCUACAAGAGGAACAACAACGGCAAGAUGAAUGACCCUUUUAUACUCGGUCAGCCUUACCGACUUGCUCCUAUGGCCGACUACCUUGAGCGCUGCACAGUCCUUCACACACCUCUCGCUACUAGGGGCUGGGUCAUGCAGGAACGCCUUCUCGCACCUCGUACCCUGCACUUCGCACAGCACCGAGUGUCCUGGUCCUGCUACAGCCACAAUGUGAAUGAAGGUGGACGUACGGAACUGGAAGAGCAUGAGUAUAGGUGGUUCGAGCGGCUACAGCCCUCUAUGAUGGAACAGAACCCAAAACUGCCAGGAUGGGCCAAAUAUGAACCUUUGGAAUGGUGGCUGAAUGUAGUGGCAAACUACUCACACCGGCAGCUUUCAUUUCCUGAGAAAGACAAGCUUGUGGCUAUCGCAGGUGUUGCGCGAGUAUGGAAUCAUGAGCGACAAUUUGACUAUCUGGCUGGGAUCUUCCGCCCUCAUCUUCCCUGGGCAUUACUAUGGCAUCGCGAGCCCAAGACUGGUGACCCAAUGCACGACAAGCAACCAGUUGGCCAGGAAAUCUUUACCCCAGGUGGUGUGCCGACAUGGAGCUGGGCCACAUGCAAAUUCCCAGUCAAGUCAUAUCCGUACACAAAUACGGGAUUUCUUGUCAAUGGGACAGUCCUUGUCGACAUUCACUGUGCCGAGGUGGAGUUGGCGGAUAAGGAGAAUCCGUAUGGCCAGGUAAAGAGCGGUAAGAUCGAACUGGAAGGAUAUCUUGGGCGCGAAGAGGAUUUUAAGAAGGACUGGACUUACUGCGUGCACUACGAUGGCCGUUUUGCCAAGGAUAGCAAAUCGCCCUGGCAUCUUCCAGUUACUUGGGAUCAUCUAUCGAAGCAUCCAGAUCUAUUUGGAUUGUUGCUUCAAAAGGAUAAAGGCUCUGGAUUCUUUUACCGGGUGGGAUAUUUUAAAGUUCCUACAAAAUUAAUUUCACGGGAUAUUCUUCGAGGGAAGCUUCCAAAAAGUUUUAUUACUUAUAUCUAG